CUUGCGCAUUAAUGUGCUUAGGGGCAGCUUACCGCAACAUAAGAAAAGCCGUAUCACACACGCCACGACGUCACUUGGCGGGCGGAUAUUAGUCUGUCCUCAUCUCAGACUCUCUGCUCAUCUCAAUCAGUGUGCAUGCUUGGUCUUCCUGGUUCUGAUAGCGCCGCGCACGCAGAGCCAGCCAUGCAAGCGACUCGGACACCCACUAUCAGUGUGUUUACCGAAUGCAGCAUCCCAGCAGGGCUGCGAAUAGGACCAGUCCCGGGCAUCUUCAAACUGGGAAAGUAUGUUUCGGACCGCAAGGAUGCUGGAGUCAAAAAGAAGAUUCGUCUGUUAAGAGGGGAGUUCGUAGACGAGUCUGGCAGUCCAGUUCCUGAUUGGAUCGGGUUAAUACGCGCAGCCAGAAACAGUCAAGAACAAAACCUCGAGGCAGUCUCCGAUUUACCUGGAGGACAGAUUUUCUAUCGAGUGCCGAGAGAAAUUCAGCCUGGGGAAGAAUUGUGUGUUUGGUACUCCAGCGCAUUGGCACAAUGGUUUGACAUUCCUACGACCGCAACUCCGACGCAUGACGAAAAAGGUGAGGAGCGCUACAUUUGCUGGUAUUGCUGGAGAAUAUUUAAAUACCCGAAUACCCUGAAAGCUCACGUGCAUUUCCACUGUGCAUUAAGCAAUGGCAAAAGCUUUAUGAGCAACGAGCAAGCGAGAGGCACAGACAACUUCAACAGGUCUCCAAAAUCUGGGGAUAUCCCUAAUACUUCGUCUUCUCCAAGGAAUGGCCACAGCACCUUGAUGUCAGAUUCUGCAAAACGGACAGUGUCAACCUCACCCUUCGCUCACAAAGCGGGACUACCGAAAAAAAGGUCAGAGGAGCAGGACAGAGCCCUUGACAUGAGUGUGACCUCGGCCCGGAACCCAGGACACAUCGUGGGUCUCGGUGGGACAUCCUCUGUACUUAACAGUAUGGGCUUUCAUCCCGGGGUUCGUUCUGCUUUUAAACCAAUGGGACUUUCAAAGAUCUCCUCGGCUGAAGUGGCAAGAGAUGAGCCUCAUGGGAAAUCAAACAGCAUCGGUUUCAGUAAACUGUUAGGAAGCAUCAAGUCAGUGCGUUCCCUAAAUGAACCUUUACCCAAUGUGCAUCCCUCAAAGUGCACGCAUCCUAUUGAGACCACACCGCCUGUGAUUCCUUGCACAAACACUAUCCGUGGGUUUCCUUUACUGCCACAUUAUGAGGAGACCUCUGCUUUCAAACAUGUAGACAGUCGCAUGCACUCUGCGCUGUCCCCUUCAAGAUACUCGCAACUACCGAGCUCGUUUCAUUUUGAGAGGUUCCCUUUGCCACAGUUUGAUGGGGGGAAAUCAUACAAUGGUGACUGCAACAUACCCCUCAUGCCAUUCACUGUUUACAAUGGAGAGCUCCUUUAUAGCUCGCCAUACUAUCCUCUAAAAUUUCACUUUGGCAACCUGCUUAAAUAUCCAGAGACCGUUUCCUAUUUUGGUGCACCUGCUCUUAAUCCAGAUCUCAAUUCAAUAACGAACAUCGACAGAGAAAUAGCAAUGCACACGCAACAGUUGUCAGAAAUUUCCGUAGAGAAAAACCGUUCAAGGUUGGAGUCCAUUCCCGCAUCUAACCCAAGCUCAGGCAAACCUAAAAAGGGACAUUUGUGUCUUUACUGUGGCAAACUAUACUCUCGAAAAUACGGACUGAAAAUUCACAUGAGGACUCAUACAGGUUACAAACCUCUCAAAUGUAAAGUCUGUUUUAGGCCCUUUGGUGAUCCCAGCAAUCUCAACAAACACAUCCGACUGCACGCGGAAGGAAACACUCCAUACAGGUGCGAGUUCUGCGGGAAGGUGCUGGUGCGCAGGCGCGAUUUGGAAAGGCACGUCAAAUCAAGGCAUCCAGGUCAAUCUAUAAAAAAAUCCGAUGACAAGAUGGAAGAUGUCUUUGAAGAUGGUGAACAAAAAAGCGACAAUGACAGCGACGUCGACGUUUGUUUUACAGAUGAUCAGAGCGACCAGGAAUCGAGUAAAAACAACGAUUAAUGGACUAAUGAAAUUUAAAUAGAUUUAGCUCUUAUACGUAGAUAAUUUAUGCAUGUACAUAAUAAUUGUGAAAUUAGUUAAAAUUGUUUAAUUUAUAAUUUUAUUAAAAGAAGAAGCAAGAAAAGAGGCAGAAAAGCAACAAAUGGUAAAUUAAAUUCCAUUAAAUUAAAUAUGAAUUCUGAUAAGGAGACACUUAUACAUUUAUUUCCAUAAUGUAAUCGUUUAUUGGAUUUCAGCACCCCCAUUGUGAAGCUGCACUUUAUAAAGACAGGUAAUGGCAUUAAAUACGGUAUAUACAACUCUGCUUCAUUUAUUUAUACGUUGUCUGACUAUUCCUAUAAAACAAAUUCUCACUUUUUAUUGCCAAAAGCAUUAAACUCAUUUUGUAAAAAUUUGCAAAAAAAGCGGGCACCUAUCAUCAAUAAAUAUGGUGUUUCAAAAAUGUGUUUAUUUAGUUAAACUUUGUAAAAAUGUAAUUAUCACAAAAAUAACUGUUAAGUGACCGCUGUGGGUUGUUUUGUUUAUUAAUGAAUAAAUAAUGUUUAUGAUUAUAUUCCUCAACAAACCCAAAUUUCUUUAUUGUCCGUUUGAAAUAAAAUUUAAACAAAAGGAAUUCAGGUUUUGAUCAUUGAUGUGUUAAUCCGACUGAGAUUAUUAAACUUUUAUUUUCUCCAUUUGGAGGAAGCUAUGGGGUGCACGCGGUAAAUCGUCUAGCGAAGACAGUGGUGCUGGGAAGAUUUGGCAGACACGCCAAACAACACAUUUUGAUUUAAAUACUUUAAAGUUAGAAUGUCGUUUAAGGUGGUUACAAAAUAAUAAGAGAGAAUGUAAGAAAUACGCAGAAUUAAUAACUGACGAACCUUUCGUUAUAUUAAGAUUAAAUUAAAAUUGAAAACGUUUUUUUUGUUUUACUAAUUUUAACGACAGAAAUCUACCCUUAAAUGAACACAUCCAAAUCGGCAUGAUAACACUAAGUUUGUGUUAUGCUAUUUAACACAUUGUGUGUAAUUUUGUGCAUAUUUUAUGUUAAAAUAAAUAAAAGUGACAGCACAAGUUCUUAAAAGUAACACAAAAAUGUAAUGUUCCAAUAAUA